UAGGAAUCCUGGCGACCAGCAUGAACUACGGGCGCAAAACACCGUCGACCUACCGGUCGACCCCGUCGGUCUACUCGCACAUCACGAGCCGCUCGCAGUCGAAUCUGCACUCGCAGCGGUCCCGCUCGAUGAAGUCGGUCCGGAUACCGUGGUACCAGAAGCCCCUGCUGCACAACAACCAGUACCUGGACAUCCAGCGGGGCGCCUUCAUCAUGGGACUGUUCUCGAUCUUCGUGGCGAUCUUCACGAUCGGCACGGCCGUGUUCGACAUCUACUGCCUGGCGCUGGCCGCGCCCGGCUCGUCCCACUACGGCUACUACAUCAUCUCGUACGAGUUCGUGUACGUCGGCAACGUGCACGUCCGGAACGCGCUGAUGGUGGCGGCUCUGUUCUCACUGAUCGGUGGCCUGGUGGUGCUGGUCACCAGCAUCAUGCUCGUGCACGCCCUGCGCAAGGAGUACGAAACGAAGAUCGUGCCGUGGCUGUGGUCGUUCGCCAUCUUCACGCUGUUCCGUCUGCUGGCGUUCCUGUUCUUCUCGAUCGUCAACGAUCUGAUCUUUGCGUACAACAUCCUGAUCACGCUCAUCUGGAGCGUCGUCGUCGUCGUCUCGAUCUACGGCUGGCUGAUGGUGUACUCGCUCUACCUGGAGCUGUCCGAUCUGACGAAGCUGGAGGAUCUGGCGCACCUGCGCAUGGGUACGAUGCAAUCGCUCAACGCGUCCGUUGCCCACUCGUUGGCCGGCUCGCGACCUACGACACCGCACAGUACCGUCUCGACGGUACCGGUCGGGGACACCAAGUUUGUCUAGGCCCCCCGGGAGCCGGACGCCCAAAUCCGUCCAUAUCCGGACAAUCCCCGGGACUGAGCGUGGCUCGGACAUCGUACAAAAGAAAAAAAAAGAACGAAGCAGAAGCAUAAACCGCCAGUCGAAAGCACAAAGCAUCGCCCCGUUUAGCUCGUAACAACUGCACUAGUGUUUAAGAGGUUUUAUUGUCAGCGACUGCUGCCGCCAGAAGCGACGAACCCCGCCGUCGGGUCCGCCGGGAGGGGGAGGACUUUCUUCUGUAACAAUCGACGAUUUUUUUUUAAUGCAAACCACAUUCCACAUCGAUCAAUAAAUUAUUGAUUUUUUUGGUAAAACAUCA